AUGCAUGUCUCCCUGGGUCUCUCGACCGUCGUCCUCCUCUUCUGUGGUAAGUUCCGACCGCUUGGCACCGUGCCAAAUGUUACACUUCCAGCUCAAAGCUUGUCCUCCCAGCCUGUCUCGAUUCUAAGUCUGACAAACAGCGGUGAGCUCCAUCAAAUGAUCAGCCAAGUCGGCUAUUUCCGUGAAUACUAUGCCAAAGCGGCUCAAGUCAGCAAUAUGAAUGAGUUGAUCUACGACUACCAGCUGGAGAAAGAAGCUAGGAAAUACAAUUCUUGUCAUCUCGACCAGGACACUUGGAAACGGCUUGAACGUGAACCCCAUUAUUACCUCUACAAGGAACAAUUGGAAAAUGACUUUGUUGAAUACGCUGCACUUCAUAGAAAUGAUACUAAAGGAAUCAAAGGAUACUUUGGAAACGAAGAUAUGUUUUCUGCGGUUCUUCAUCCAAAAGUAGAAAAACUUGGAUGCCACUAUUUCUUCAGUCUCUGCGUUCACAAGAUCUGGUCCCGCGCUGAUGUUUUCACCGAUGUCAAGCGAUCGACUGUUAGAGGAUUGUGUAUUUUCGGACCAAAAAACCGUUUCACACCGAACGCCACUCUCUAUGGGAAACCUGGAUCUCGCUGUUCUGGAAAGCCUACUAGCGGUGGAUUGUGCAAUGUGCCUAGGGAAAAUUAUUAUUAUUUUUGA